AUGCAAUUGACUGAUAGUACAGCAAAUAUGAUGAUUUCCACCCUUAACGAUCCGGAGCAGCCUUUCACACCGGAAUUAGAAAAAACAGCUUCAAGUGUUACAGGUUGCCUCACAAAUGUUCUCAAGUCCGCUGCGGGCUCGAGUCAGGACGACAUAGUCUCGGCAGUAAUCCCACCCUCUCCAGAGGUAAAGGUCACUAGUACAGUUACAUGUCACAGAGAUCAGUUUCGUUUUUGCCACCAAUUCAGGAUGGGUCAAUUUAAAUAGAUAGACUUUACAUUAAGCGAACAAAACGGCGAGACCAUGAACGCAGCGAAGAAGAAUAGUGUAUUACGAUUUUAUUAGUUUUAAUAAAGUGGAAAAGUCGUCGUAUUAACCACGUAAUCAUUUGACUGAACAACAUUCUUUGACUUUCCUUUCAGUUCGUGAAAAAGGCCUCCGAAAAACUCAGCAACGUGUGUGAUGCAUAUUUUGGCCGCUUGGUUUCAUCAGAAGAUGUGCUCUUAAAGACUCCGAACUUGGCAAUAUCCCUGAAAAAGGUCACAGCUAAUGAUGCAAAAGGACUCAGCAUGGGAGAUGGACCAAGUAAAUUCAAGCUCCCGAGCAGCCUUGGGAAUAUAGGUGGUGGAGAGAUAAAUGCAAAGGUAUGAUGCUAUUCUUAUCCUAGCUAGCCAUUCUUAUUCUAGAAAUCGCAGCCUUAAUUGGUAACUACACUUUCCUGUCCCCAUCUAUACUCAAUAAAUAUGAUAAAAUGACAAAAUCAAUUUUUUUCUACGCGAGCAAAACUCCCGAAAUCACCCUUGUCAAAUAAAUUAUCCAAUACCAUAUUGUGUUCUCUUUCAGAUGCAAGCUGUUGAUUUUAACCCUUUCACUUGGGACAAUAGCAGCAAGAAAAUCAAAUCACACGUCACGACUCUUGAGCUUAAAAGUAAUAGCGCGGAAAAGAUAAAUGUAUCAAAUCUUGACAAUGACAUUGAGAUCUUGAUUCCCAUCUCCAGUCCACCUCAGAACUCAACCAACGGGACGCAGCAUAGUUUUCUUAAGCCAGAUCAGAUUUCAGUUCGAAGUUAUUACGUAGAAUUAGCCCAUGUUCCUGUAUCUCUUAAGUUGAGUAUGGCCAAAGCGGGAAUACAAAUCAAUCUGUUCAUAAAAUUUGGAAAAAGGCCAAUGAUAAAUGACUUUGACCACAAUUUUACAAUGGUGUUUACAUCUACAUGUGACAACCAAACAGAUGCUAAUGCAACCUGCUUUAUAAGGGAUAGCUCAGUUACAGUGAUGCCUUCUAAGCCAGGUUUCGUCUACGCGGGCUUAUUGUCUAAAAGCCCUAAGAAUGAAAGUCAACAUUCUAGGCAAAGAAGAUCCUGUUCUGGUAAUCGUCGAAAACGACGGUCAUGUGUGGGCGUUAAAGAUCCACCGCCAAAAGGAUCUCUUAGCACUGUGAUUCCGAAAUAUGAUCCAAACACAGACAUUAACUACACUUUGACCAUCACCCAGUCGAGUUGUUUGUAUUGGUCAGAGAACACAGAAAAGUGGACUGCGGAAGGUUUCCGGGUAAAAAUUAAUCAUUUCUUAGUUUUACUACUAUUAAGUCAGCUUUACUGAGUCAAAUCCCUCAUGCAUUUGUCACUGUCGCCUACCUUCGAUAAGGAAAGCAAUCUUAACAUUUCUAUGGAAGGGAGCUGUUGCUACAAAUAAUAUAGGGUUAGAACAACUAAUCAACUUGUUUGUUUUUAUUUCUUCUCUUUUGUGUCGAACGGGUCUCAGGGUUCGUUUACUAAAGCAAUUCACCAAUUCGGCUCGGGAUUAAACUUUUCUAAGUCAAUCACGAUCGUGCCUGAGUUUAAUUUGGAAACAAUCAUUUACAGAAGUCGAGGUAAAAGAUAAUUUUAAUAUAAAACACACACAAACACAAAAAAGUAGUUGUACUCUUUCAAUAUACCAAAAACACGAUAGGAAUUUGAACUCUUGACUCGCGCUUUUGUGCUUUUCUGCUCGGAGAUGAAUUUGCUAUUAAUUUUCGAACUGGGUAAUCAACGCACGCGAAAAGCACUAAUCCCUUGUGUGCUAUACACUAAUGCACAAGAUAAUGUUCAUUUCUUCCGCUUAAUUGAAUUUUUUUUGUUUUCGUUAAAGGUAAGCCAAGACUCGAACACCACCCAUCUUUUGGUGGAAACUUCAUCCAAGCACCAAACCCAAUUGACUUCGACAAAGUUUUUACUGAGUUUUUAAACCUUGCUGAAAGUGGCAAUAUUUCAGUACUUGUGACAAUUGCCUGUUUUUUCCUUCUGUACUUCGUUGUCUUAAUCCUUGCAAGGAGGGCCGACAAGAGAGAUGUAGACAAGGUAAUCAUUUCUCAACCUGCAGACGUGUAUUUCGAAUUAUUUUCACCUUUGAAUACUUCCUUAUUUUUCAGAUUUGCUCUCCUAAAUUGGUACCGCUCGUGAAGGAAGGAGCUUAUUAUUACGAUAUGGUUAUAAGCACGGGCGUUUGGAAACAUUCAGCAACAACAGCUAACAUAACCAUCAGUAUCAGGAGCGAAAAUAAUGGGCAUAGUCAAAUUCCACUGAGAGAGAAAGGGGAGACGAGUGAGCUUUUCAGACGAGGAAGUAUCAACGGCUUUGUUCUCGUGAUGAAAGAAUCCAUUGGCCCUUUAAAAGAAAUUACUUUGGAUCAUGAUAAUUCGGGUAACAAUCCGUUUUGGUUUGUGGAAACCGUAGUUAUCCAAGAUCGUCAGACCGAAGAAAGAUGGGUUUUCCCCAUCAAUAGAUGGCUUGCGUUGGAAAAAGAUGACGGCCAAAUAGAGGUAACUGUGGACAGCAAAUCUUACUCUGCCUUCUCAGCUCAGGUUCGCUCGCGCUUGGCCAGAAAACUUGCCGACAGUCACUUGUGGAUGUCAGUGUUUGGGAAAGCAUGUAGCAGUACCUUUACACGUGUGCAAAGAGCUUCAUGUUGCCUUUCAGUUCUGUUUAGUGCCAUGAUAGCAAAUGCCAUGUUCUAUAACAUUGGUGGUGAAUCUGAUGGUGCUAUACAGGUUGGGCCUUUUAAGUUUUCUUGGAGACAGAUAGUCAUCGGAGUACAAAGUGGCAUUAUCAUUGCACCAGUAAACAUAAUAAUUGCCUUCUUGUUUAAGUCUAGCAGACCGAGAAAGAAAAGGAGCGAAAAAUACCAAGUUACAGACGAGGCCCAGCGACUUUUGGAUGAAAUAACGGACAGUGGUUGUAUGCUUCCCCAUUUCUUUGUUUAUUUGAGCUGGUUUCUCUGCUUCUGUACGACACUGGCAGCAGCAACGUUUACGCUGUUUUACAGUUUAAUGUGGGGAAAGGAAACCUCUGAACAGUGGCUUGCUUCUAUUCUUAUUUCCAACAGACAAGAUAUUUUCGUUGUACAGCCCACGAAGGUUAUGAUAGCAGUCAUGGUUAUUUCCUUUCUCUUCACAAAAAAGAACAGGGGCAAAUGCGAAGAAGAAGAAGAAGAGACCACUAUCGAUUCACUCGCAAUUGAGAUAGAUUUUUUGGGCGAUGAUCCCAAACAGCGCUAUAAGAAAUAUCAGCAGGAAAAGAUGAGGGAGAGAUCAAAAAAGGAAGCUCAGUUAACAAGCAUGACAAGAGAAAUUGUUCUCCAUUUGAUAUUUGUGUUUCUUCGGGCUAUCGUAUCUUAUGGGAACAAGAAUGGAAAUCGUUUUCUGAUGACGUCCGAGAUGAGAAAUCGAUUUACUAACUUUAAUCUGGUAAGAAUAGUAUGAUUAUGCAAGCCACUCCGUAUCGAUUUACUAACUUUAAUCUGGUAGGAUUAAAAAUGUUUAUUUGUCCGCAGUUGUAAAAUAUUUGGCAGUGUUCAAAACCUAUUUCGCAUGAUAAUCGACCCUUGUAUCAGAGAGAGAUAACAGAGUCGUAGAUUUUUAACAGAGAAAUAGAUACCAAAGUCAGGCGCAAUACCACACCUAGCGAUGGCAAGUAAGCAGACUAAUUCACCACAGAUAUAUCUGUACUGAAGCAAUUUUCUACUUGAUGAAAAUAAUGACUUUUACCUUUACAAAAAAGUAAUAGCGGUGUUUCUAUGGAUUUCAAAUUCACGUUUGCUAUUAAGUGCAGUGGGCGUUUGAAGUCUUUGUUUAUUAAUGUUUUAUUCAUUGUUUCCUGCUUGCAUUUAAGAUUGGCAGUUAGUCUCUUUCCCCCUUUACUUCGUUCUAGUCUUUUGAUUUAAUGCUUGAUCGUUAAUUGUUCGUUUGUUUUAAUAGUCAUGCGAAUCACACAUUCUAUCCUCUUGGGGGGUCCUUAGAUCUUAAUGUAUUUAUUUUAUAAUUAUUUAUUCUUUAUUCUAGGUAGAGGAUGCGCACGGUUUAGGAGCAUGGUUAAAGAGCGAAUUCAUAUUAAACAUCUAUAACCAGGCGUGGUACAACGGACUUGAAGAGAAAAACGAUGUGUACAUCGGGAACAAGAUGUCGAUAUUGGUGGGAAUGCCCUGGUUGCGACAGCUCAGAAUUAAAAAAAGUAAACUUUGGUCAGAAUAUAUCAUUUUUAUAAACAAACAGGUUAUCACAAAGGACUGUUUGAACUUGACGAUGGACAAUGGAGCUCCUAACUUGGUGGGAAAAAAAUCCCUAAUAUACAAUUGGAAAGUGCUAGUUGAAAGAGGAAAAUAUCAUAAUGGCUUAAUCAAUUCGAAAACUGUAACUCUGGAAAUUAAAAGGCUCGUGACUAACACACUUAGUUCUAAUACUAGAGGCGCAGAGAUAGGGCAUUGCAACAAAAUAAAAACAAUUGUUUAGAAUACAUUUCAACUCGCUGCUUACGACUUGAUUCAAAAGCAAUUUUAGAACAAUAACCUUCAACUCGAUAUUAAGAAACUUCAUCGGCGUGCUCUUUUUUUGCUCAGAAUUUUUCUCUUUCUCUGUUUCACUUUAUCUGCAUUUGAGAAAACUGUUAAUCUUAGAGUAACUUAUUCCUCUCUAUUUAUUUUUAAUUGAAGGUUCCUGCAGUUUACUCUCGAGAAUUAUAGCAGAAUGUUAUUACGACUAUUCUCCAGAAAAUGAGGACACGACUUUGCUAAGCCUUCCAGGUUGGAUACCUCUCUCCCUCAAUACUUCGUGGCCUGAUGCUCUCCAAAUUUGCCCUAAGCCUUGGCGAUAUCAAUCAGCAGCAGAACUUCGCAACGAUCCCAUUCUUGCGUCGUACAACUCUUAUGAAGGGGGUGAUUAUGCAGCAGUCAUGGGAUACGAUGAAAGCACUGCACAAGGCGUCCUCGACGAGACUAUUACUAAUGGAUGGCUUGAUCGCCAAACCCGAGCUAUAAUUCUAGAGUUUGCUGUUUUCAAUGUCAAUACAAACUUGAUUAGCGUUGCCACAUACUUCUACGAGGCCUUAGCUACUGGUGCAGCCUACACUUCAAGGAGAAUUGAAACACUGGAGUUGUACAGCACUGAGUCAGGAGCUCUGAUGUUUUUCUUAAUUGGCCAGUUUCUGUUCAUGGCAAUGGUCCUCUUUUACCUCAUAGUUAUGUUGGUUCACCUUUAUCAACAACGCCUAGGUUUCUUCAAGUCUGUUUGGAACAUGGUGGACUUCUUUAUGAUAAUUUUCUGUGUAGCCUCUGUAGCAUUUUACAUGAUAAGAGCUAAAAGCGUUUUGAACACUAUCAAAUCUAUUCAAGCCAAUCCAUAUGAAAUCGUGCAUUUCCACACAGCCUUGGACUGGCUUAACCUUGAAAAUGCGUCUAUUGCUGUUGCUGUUUUCAUGGUGACAGUCAAGCUUCUGAAUCUAAUUCGUUUUAACCCACAUGUAAUAUACUUGUUUUCGUCUUUUCGGCAAUCUAUAGGCUGUCAACUCUCGUAUGUGCUCCUUUUUAUGAUCGUGUUUAAUGCAUUUGUUGUAACAGGUAUGAUAUUUUUCGGUGGUAUGGUAUUAGAGUAUUUUAGUUACCUCAAUGCAGUCAUGUCGCAAUUCGAAUUCCUGUUAGGAAAAGCAAUCCCGAUGGAUGUUCUUCGAAGGGAAAAACCCUUCAUUAGUCCGACGUUUGCGUUUUUGUCUUGUAUAUUCACAAGUAUAUUUCUUAUGAAUAUUCUGAUUUCUAUCCUUAACGAAUCAUACGGUGACGCAAAAUCAAACGCAGAGGAAAAUGCAAAAGGGCUUGAAAUGGCACGUUUUAUUGAGGAGCUUUUAAUGGAAAAUUUCCACGAGGGAAUUAAUCGGACUGAGUUUAAGUUGUUUUGCGAUGAGGCAAUAUUCGCCAACAUGUGCCUUUCUGAAGCAGAACCAUUCUGUUUGAAUUCAGGAUGUAUUAUCCGAUGUACAGAGGAACGAAUGCUAAAAGUGGAAAAAAGACUUAUUGUCCUCAUUCAACGAACAGAAUACAUGGAGGCUGAUUAUUUGAAAGAGGAAAAUGACUUUACUGACCUCUUGUUAUUAAUGAUAAAUCCUUCGGUUCGUGAUUAA